AUGAAGAUUCUUACAGUAUUAUCAGCUCUUGUACUCGCAGAUAACCUGACAGAUGAUCGAAUUCUGUAUAUAAUGACCGGUCCUCGUCUUCGCCAUCCCUGCUACUUGAAGAAAAAGGUGGAAACGUCGGCGGGAGGGAUUUACUUUGCAGAAAAGAGCUGUGGGGUGAAACCGGGAAAUAUCGUUUUGGAGAAGAGCCCUGGAUCUGAUUUUUCUGAUAUUUUGGGCCAAGUAAAGAGAAUUCGACCGGUCACGAUGAGGCUAGAUGUUGAGGUGCAUGUGAAAUUCGUCGAUCCGGACCAGUUAGAACCAGUCAAUGAUGACGAUUACGAACGCUUUGCGGCAGAGAACAUAGACGAAAAAGAAAUGUACACGAAUUAUGAUGGGGUCUCGCUGGAUGAUCUGCCCUUCGAAGAACUCAGUGAUUUUGAGAGGGAAAAAGUGUUUGGAGAGGACGAAGAUUAUGAUGUGAUGUUUAGAGAGCCAGAAGAAGUUUUCUCUAUUUAUGGAAAAGGAGGAGGCAUUGUUGGAGCGAGAUUAGCGAGAGAAGAAAAUUUGAAGACGAUCGGAACAUCGUGGAUCCCUGCUCUUGUUCUAAUCGGGAUCGUUAUUGCAGCUGGUGUUAUGUUCAAGAACUUCGUCAAAGAUGAAAUGGCGAAUCAAAAUGAAAAAUACGGAUCAUAA